AUGACUUCCACCAGUGCUGGUAAAUCCGCGAUUCAUUACAUUGGAUCCGACGGUAGUGCUUGGGGAUCAUUUCUGCAGAAGAAGCUAAGCGAAGAUCAGUAUGGUAUACCGACAGUGUUGCAUGAGAUAGGGACGCCCUUGCUUGAAGCAAACAAAUAUGACGUGAACAUCGUCCUGGUCAGUCCGGACUUCCUGACGUUGGAGUCAUUCGAAAAGUUCCAAAGAUGUAGUACGGUAGAUUCUUUAGCUAUUCUUCUGGGCACGAAUAAAUCGGAGUUCCAUGAAGCUGUGUCGAGGGAAAACCCUAAGAACCGACUCCUAAAAUGGCUUUGUUAUCGCCCACAACAAACUCAAGACUCGGUUAAGGUUCUUUUGCUGACAAUCAUAAAUUUAUAUGAAAACCUGCACGGUGGCGAUGAGGUCGAUGACGAUGAAAGCUGCCAGGACGAUCCAUUAUUCCAACUUGUACCUGAGCCGUGUUCACACAACAGAUCUUCUGGGGAAUGCGAGAACACAGAUGACUAUGACAUUCUGCCACCAACCCGACAGAUUAACGACCUCCAUGACGUCAUGCAACUGCCUUGCAGUGAGGGAGAUGACUGCAGAGAAUUAUUAAUUCUGCUGGACCGGAAAGCUGACUCGGAGUUGAUGUUGACUUUAGAUUCAGGAGAAAAUAUUCAAACGGAAGAAAUCGACCAGGCAGUAUACAAAGCUCGGAUUCCAAAAAAUCUUAUUCAGGACGACAACAUAAAAUUUGUUGCUGCGUGUAAUGACCAGAUGUUUGGUUCAAUGGCGUAUAAAUUUGACAGUAAAACCCAAACUGAAGACGGAAACACCAAACAGACAAUUCCUCAGGAGCCACAUUCUAACUCGUCAUUAACCAGUAAUAAGAACCAGGGGGCUUCACGAAGUCCGGACUCGUCUUCAAGUCUGGAUAUUAUACAUAACAUCCUGGAGAAGGAAACAGACCCAGUCCAACUUUUAUGUAGAGCGUUACGUAUACCUGUUGAUCACAAACAACUUGACCAAUGUUUGUCGGGCAAGUGUAGACGGCUGAGGAUAACGGAACACUUUACAGGGUUAAUGAUGAACGAGGAAGCAGGUAAAACUCACAUAUAAUACGUUAUUACAGAGUUAAUGAUGAACGAGGAAGCAGAUAGCGAAAGCGAAUGGCCGACACUUCUUCAUUUCUGUGCUGAUACCAACUUGCUGUUGUCGACAAAUGAACUGCUUCAGGUUCCAUGUUUAGUAUCGGCCUGUCUCAAGUGCAAUAGGAACAAUGAGACUCCAAGAGACAUCGCCAAGAGGAAUGGCUUUACUGACCUGGUCAAGUUACUAGACAAACAAUUUGAAACAGAACACGUUAAAGUGUCUCGACUCGGGAGUAGAGAUAGCGGAGUAUUGGAUCCCCAUGAAGACUGCUAUUUCCCCGCAGAUCCUAAUAGCACAUCAAUGCGAGAUAAAAAUGGAGUUAAGGAGAGUCGGGACGCUGAUAGUGGUGUAUCGGGGCUACAGCAUUCCUUUGUGGGUAGGGAAAGCGACUACCUGGAUAUGUCGCCAACACGAAUUUCAAAAGCUCCAAAAAAGGGUCCUACUUCUUUCCUGAACAGAUCUGUUAGCGACAUUCGACCUUCAGGUGACUAUGAUAAAAUCCACAGAAGUUGGAUGUCAAAAUCGUACCAAGGUCAAGAAGAGCCUGAUCCUUUUUCGGACAAUUUCAGUCCUCUCUCAGAAGGCCGGAAAGAAGGAGAAACCACGUGGUUUGUCGAGACCCCUCCUGCCUACCGGUUUACGGGUCGACGAAGAUGUAGUGAAUCGGACACGGAGAGUUUACGUCGCAGCAAGGCACUUGGAUCACCUGGACAAAAAAAAAGCUCAUUUUCGAAAACGAUUUCCAAGGUCUUCAAAUUAAAAAGAAAGAAUUCGAUGUCGUCCAACCCUGACAGUACCAUACCAGAGGAAGCCAACAACUCUAAUGACCAGGAAGGACGGUCCUGGUCACGUUGCUUUCCCUGCAGUCCAAUCAUGUCCUAUGAAGACUUAGAGGAACAGGAAGUGUUCGUAUCCACAGAGCCGCCGAUAGGAAGAUCAUCACCAAAGGGGAGACAUGAAAAACAGCACGAAGAGCCACCUGAGGAACCCCCUAAAAGAUCUUUCAAAAAAAUUAAAAAUCCAUUCCGAAAGAAAGUUGAUAGACGUAAAUCACUGAGGUCGAGUCGGGUUCUAAAGGAUAAUAAUGUUGUCGUAUUGGCAUUGCCUAGUAAGCAGGAAAUACAGAUAUGA